AUGGCCGAAAGUGGCGAUGACAACACUCGCAACCUACUGCAGUACAUCAUUCUCGCAUUUUUGUUUGCUCUUGCACUCUCGCCUUUCCUGCUCAAGCUCUGGAAAAGCGCAGCAUAUCGGGAGCGACUGCGUCGCAGCUACUGCAAGAAUUGCAGUGAUAUCUUCUCACGCCGUGUGCACUACGAUGAGGCAGAUUUGCGUACGCUACAAGAACUAGAGCAGCCUCCCCAACGCGAAGAUGUAGGCAUUAACGGCGCCUACCGCAUGUAUCAGGCGCGGCGUUGUCGACUGUCGCUGCGUUUAGCUUCAUGGCGUGAGGAUGUCAAGCGAGGUGGCGGUGAUGAUGAAAGACUACAUCACAAGCUAGCACAAAUUCAGGUGGCACAGUCAUUAAACCAGCAGUCACAACUGGCAACAACAAGAACUAGCGCGCCAGUCAAUCGAGCAAGCUUAGCAUCUACCAUCCCGUUUGAUAUUCGGGUUGUGGAGAUUACUGACCGUGUGGAUGAGUCCAUCCGAUCGUCAGUGGCAGCAGUCUCGUCACACACUUCGAGUUUUUCGUAUGAUUCGGAUGAGGACAUGGCUUACGAAUUAAUUUUGCCUACGCCCAAAAAUGACCAACGAGAAGUACCUAGAACCGAACGUCGAUCGGUUGUUGUUGAGGAGGAUGAAGAAAAAGAGGACGAUAUACCUCCUGUUCUUGAGAUUGUUUAA